AUUAUAUAUAUCCCCUCUCUCUGAAAUUACACUUUCAUUUCCAAUUUUUUGGAAGCUCAAAAGUUCACCCUUUUAUUUCCCUCAGAAUAAAAGUUCACCUUUUUAUUGCGAAACUGAUUUUGAUUCUUCUGUUUUUGUUGGAUUCCGAAAAGAAGAAGCAAAAGGGUAUCUGAAUAUAUAACUGAAUUGUGAUUUUGUUUAGUGGGGUUCAAUGGAAGAUGAGUGCAGGACACCAAGGUUGUUGCAGAAUCAGAUUCCGGCGGUUUUCAUUUGCCCCCCGCCGCCGCCGAGAAAGAAGCCGGUUGCCGGAAUGAGACGACCUCCGCCUAAGGAGGGGUAUUUCCAACCACCUGAUCUUGAUUCCUUGUUUGUUGUUGUAGCUAGAAAAGAAGCUUGUGUUUGACAAAGUUUCAACUUUAUGGGUCAUUUUGAUUGGUGUUUCUUUUUUAUUUAUUUAUUUUUAAUUCAAUAUUGAUUUGUGGUUUUUUGAAGUAAAGGAGAGUGUUUGUUAGUUUUAUAGAUAUAAUUAAUAAAUAAUAUGUAGGAAAAAUUAUGUAUGUUUUUACUUUUAUCAAUUUAUGUAUGGUGUUAUUGGGGGUAGAGAUUGUAGUUUUCUUUUUUUGGUAAAAGUAGUGAGGUUGUAGUUUAUGGUGAUAUUGAUGAACCAAAAUUGAUUAUACACAAUGAUAGUUGAUUUACAUUUAUCAUACAUAUAUAAUAUAUGUGUUUUGUGAUAGUGUCACUCUCCUUGAUUUUGAAUAGAAUGUGUAUUUCGA